CUUCCGAAAAUUACGGUGUCCGUUUUCGGUCGGACCGUUUAGCGGUACAUUUGUUUUCGUACUAUUUCACGUCCGAUGAAAUAUUUUGUUCGAUUUUAGGAUUUUUACUUCAUCGAAAUCGUUUCUAUAAUAAAAAAAAUAAAUAAAUAAAAAUCAAAUAUUUUGUUAGGUAUGAUACGGUCGACAAACGCCUAAUAUAUUUAUUGCCAGUCUGCUGUCGCCACGGUCGUCGCAGUGUCGAGUGUUUUGAAGAUUACAACAGCUGUGAGACCGAUUGUCAUUUUAUCCGCUUGUGCUUGACGUUGACUCGCUCUCUGACAACUUCAGGUCCGUUAUUGGCGAGUGCGUCAAAUCACAAAUAAACUGUUUUAAAAAUCUUUGUGCGAUUACUUCCUGUUAUUGUCAACGGUGAGUUUUGAACGACUUUCACCACCGUAUUGUCCACAUUUACACGGUACACAGUCGAGUCCGCGGGGCGCCAUGACGGGACGGCAACGCCGCAAAGCCCGCGACCAAUAGCGGGCGUCAGAAUUGUUGACAGUCCGAUGUUGCCACGUUUCAGCCGAAGCCGCCGUCGCCUAGCGCAAUGGCCGCCGCCGAAAUCGCAACCAAGAUCGCGGUAAAUCUCACAGAAAAUCUCACGGCAAAUGCCACCUCCAAUUUUACAGGCAACGAUACGUUGCUGCAUGACCAACAAAGCUCCGACCUAUACAAGGUUCCAGCCCUAUUGGUCGUCGUUCUAUCCGUGCUCUACGGUUCAAUAUCAGUGAUCGCUGUGGCCGGAAAUGGGUUGGUGAUAUGGGCCAUCGUCACCAGCAAGCGGAUGCGGUCAGUCACCAAUCACUACUUGGCAAACUUGGCGUUCGCUGACAUACUUAUCGCACUCUUCGCCAUACCAUUUGAAUUUCAAGCCGCUCUGCUUCAACGAUGGAAUCUGCCGUCGUUCAUGUGCGCCUUCUGUCCAUUCAUACACGUCCUUUCCAUUACAGUGAGUGUGUUCACACUGACCGCCAUAGCUGUGGACCGGCGCCAAGCCAUACUCAAUCCGUUCGCUGCGAGGACGUCAAAGACCCAAUGCCUGUGCGUGAUCGCGUUGAUCUGGAUCGCCGGUCUGGCGCUGAGUUCGCCGAUGGCGUAUGCACAACGGGUGGUUUUCGUGUCCGAAGACUGGCCGUUCUGCCUUAACGUCAACUUGUCACAGAACGUCAUGCUCGUUUAUAGGGCACUGCUGGUAGUCGUGCAGUACGUCAUACCACUGUCGAUAAUGACGUGGGCCUAUUCAGGGAUAGGAUUCGCCCUGUGGGGUUCAUCAGCUCCCGGAAACGCACAGUCACAGAGAGACUUGAAUCUGAUGAGAAAUAAAAAGCGGGUCAUAAAAAUGCUUAUCAUCGUCGUCGCGCUAUUCACGUUGUGCUGGUUGCCCCUGCAAACGUACAAUCUAUUGCAACACAUAUUUCCUCAAAUAAAUGAGUAUCCUUAUAUCAACAUAAUUUGGUUCUGUUUCGAUUGGUUUGCCAUGAGCAAUAGCUGUUACAAUCCAUUUAUUUAUUCUAUAUACAACGAAAAAUUCAAACAAGAGUUCAAAAUGCGGUUAGACUUCAUGGCUGGUAAGAGGCGGCUUACCAGGGAUCUGAGCGCGUUUUCCAGUGGCCGAUUCGAGUGGCGCACCAAUCACGUGAACACGCACGAACGAAACCUGAAGCACAGCUCGAUCGUCACCAACGACACGCCACUGAUACUCACACCCGACGCGUGAUUGAUCGAUUGACCGACAGAAGAACUGUGGCCUCGUGAGACGUUAUUGAUUUAAUAUUUAUUUCAGUGUAAUUGAUAUUGUUGCGGUUUCGAUGUAAAAUAAGUUUUUUGAUUGUCCCCCACGCACAAUAAUAUAAUGAGAUAUAUGUCUUGGCCGGAAGUACCGACACUCCAUCGUCCCCGUUCUAGAAAACCGAUCCCGUGUGAUUUUUUCUAUCAUCACUUUGUUUUCUUACUCCUACUAUCAUACAUUUCAUUCUAUUUGCUAUAAAAUUGUUUAAACGAUUGUUUAUAUACCAUACAUGAUUAAAAUAUGUAAUAUAAGACUCAUAAAUUAUAACGAUUCUUGUUUUAUGACGUUGAAACUAUAUCGAUUUCGAUUGGUUUUUCAAAUGAAUAUUGUUCAUUUUAUGUAUUUAUAUAUAUUAUAAUAUAUAGGUAUGUUUACUGUUCCAAUUCCAA